UAAAAAGCUCGUUGGCGGUUGGAAUCAAAUUACGUGGCAGAAAGAAAGUGCAGAGAGAUGGAGAUGGUCGCCUUGGUCGCGUUGACUUUGUUGUUGGGCGCUCUGGUGGUUCUGGUGGCGUUCGCCGUGGGGAAAAGGAAAGAAGAACUACGAGAGGAAGCGGAGCAGACCAGCGAGUUUGCCGCUGAAGUCAACGUCACAAAGAGUGUUGCGGCAAAGAAACAAAAGCAGGACAAGCAGCAGCGCAGUCGUAAAGACAAGCCUUCACAGCACAACUUCAGCCAUCCACUGUUGGCCGCCUCACUGAAGGGCCACAGCGGCAAUGUGACGUGCCUGGAUUUCAGCAGCAACGGCAAGUACUUGGCGUCCUGUGCCGACGACCGCACCGUGCGGAUCUGGAGCACCAAAGACUUCCUUGAGCGAGAGCACAAGUGUAUGCGGGCCAAUGUGGACCUGGACCACGCCACGCUGGUCCGUUUCAGCCCGGACUCCAAGGCCUUUAUCACCUGGCUCGCCAACGGGGACACGAUCCGAGUCUUCAAGAUGAGCCGGAAGGAGGACGGCUCCAUGAGCUUCAAAGGGGCCGCCGAGGACUUCCCGCCCAAACACAAGGCCUGCAUCCUCAACAUCGGCAUCGCAGAGACCGGCACGUUCAUCAUGAGCGCCUCAUCCGACACCAACAUUAACAUCUGGGACCUGAAAGGAGAAUUACUGGCCUCCAUCAACACCAACCAGAUGACCAAUUCCUACGCCGCUGUUUCCCCGUGUGGCAGGUUUGUGGCGUCUUGCGGCUUCACGCCUGACGUCAAAGUGUGGGAGGUGUGUUUCGGCAAGACGGGCGAGUUCAAAGAGGUGGCGCGAGCCUUUGAGCUGAAGGGACACUCGGCAGGAGUCCACGCGUUUGCCUUCUCCAAUGACUCUCAAAGAAUGCUGACCGUGUCCAAAGACGGGACGUGGAAGCUGUGGAACACGAACGUGGAGUACAAAAAGCAGCAGGACCCUUACCUCCUCAGAACCGUUCCAUGCAAGUCGUCGGAGGGCAGCCGAGCGGCGUUGUCCCCCGACGGCCGGGUGGCGGCCAUCAGCGACGGCUGCAACGUGACCAUGUACAGCGCCUCCACCGGGCAGCAGGAGGAGCUGCUGCUCGGCGUGCACAGCGAGGAGAUCACGGACCUCCGGUUCGACGUCAGCGGCCGCUUCCUGGCGUGCAGCGGCGACAAAGCCAUCCGAGUGUUUCACAACGCCCCCGGUUACCGGGCGGCCAUCAGUGACAUGCGGGACAUGCUGAAGAAGGCGCAGAACGAGGCCAUGAAGCAGAGGCUGCAUCAGCAGAUCACGGACGCUCAGAACGCCCUGGACGCCGUGCUGGCUGCUCCUGUUCAAUGACUGAUGCUUUUGAACGCCCCCUGUCGCACUCUGUUUGCUGGGAGGGAAAUGAAAUUUUAACAAGAGGAUCUUUUUAUGGAAAGAUGAAAUGUUUGAAAUGAAUUCCCUUCAAUCACAGUUAAAUUUUUUGGCGUAACCCUUAAAUUGGAUCUGUGUUUGCCAUAUGAGAGGAGCAAUGUUUCUGCACACUUUUAAUGAAUAAAAUUGCUGAAAAAUAAAGCACAUAAACCAA